AUGCUAAUUCGGACUGUUUGGCGUGGCGUUACGUGGAUUGCGAGGCGGCCGGUGAGCUCGCGGGGGGUACGCGCGCGGGCUGUGGACGCGCGGGCUGGCUUGGCGCCAUGCGGUAGCGCGGUGCCUCGGCCGAGCGGCGGGCGGGCACUCGUGCGCUCUCGGCUAUGUGCCCCCUUUGCGCUACAUUGUAAGUAUUUUAUCUAUGUCACUUAUUAUCAA